AUGGGUGAAGGCGAAGGAGGCGAUUACGCUCCGAAGAAUGCGUCGUCGUCAGAAGUCGUUGUGCCGAUGGUAGUGUCUACGGCGGCGCUGGAAGUUCCGGCGAAGAAGCUGGCGCGGCAGCUCGAUUUUACGGGCGCGCCGGAGCAUCAGCAGUCGCAGUCACAACCACAGCAGCAGCCGGUGGCGGUGUUGCCGUUGCCCUUGCCACCGCAGGUGCCUCAUGGGAGGGUUGGUGAAGUUUUGAUCGCGUGCUUCUUAAGAACACUUGAAAUUCUGUUGAUUGGAGGCUUGUUUGAGCUUUCAAUGCAUGUGGAUUACCAUGUUUCUUCUUCCACUGGGAAUAAGAUGGUAGGAGGUUUAAAUUGUUUUGAGUAUCUCACAUUGGUAAGGAACGUUAGAACUGUAGGCUUUCUUGCUAACACAAUUUAUGAAGUUGUUUAUAGUAAUUUCAAUUCGGGUUGGGAUACGGUUAUAAGACAAUUGGAGGUAUUAGAGAGGAUUGGCGCCUUUGAGGAAAAUAUGGUAGAAUCACACAUAAGAUGGUUGAGAAAUGAGAGAAGACCAAUAGGAGCAGUAGUUAGAAGCAUUAAUCCGAUGGAAGAUAGACCAAUGAUUAGAGAUAAUGGUAAACAAAGAAUUAAAAGGGAUCUAGAAUUAGAUGGUCUAGAAUUGAGGAUGGGCCCUGGUGCGACGCCAAAUUUGCGUCUUGGUGACCAAUUGGUCAUGGGUUCAAAUCUGGAAAAAACCUCUUUGCAUAUAUGCAAGGGUAAGGUUGCAUUCCAUGACCCUCGCCCUUGCCUUUGUAUAAUGGGGAGCCUUUUAGCACUGGGGAAACCAGAAUCUCCUAAAUCAAGAUCAAGACCUAACUUUGAAAUGAAAGAAGCUACUCCCAAGAAGCAAAAACAGUGCAAUUGUAAACACUCUAAAUGCUUAAAGCUGUAUUGUGAAUGUUUUGCAUCAGGAAUAUACUGUGAUGGUUGCAACUGUGUAAAUUGUUUCAACAAUGUUGAAAAUGAAGCUGCUAGACGAGAAGCUGUUGAAGCUACAUUGGAGCGCAAUCCAAAUGCAUUUAGGCCCAAAAUUGCUAGUAGCCCUCAUGGAACACGUGAUAACAGGGAGGAGGCUGGGGAAGUUUUAAUAUUAGGAAAACAUAACAAGGGAUGCCAUUGUAAAAAAUCUGGAUGCCUCAAGAAGUACUGUGAAUGCUUCCAAGCCAACAUUCUUUGUUCUGAAAAUUGUAAAUGCAUGGACUGCAAGAAUUUUGAGGGAAGUGAAGAGAGACAGGCUUUGUUUCAUGGAGAUCAAAAUAACAUGGCAUAUAUUCAGCAAGCGGCAAAUGCUGCCAUAACUGGAGCUAUUGGUUCCUCUGGCUUUUCAUCGCCUCCAGUAUCCAAGAAAAGAAAAGGUCAGGAACUCUUCUUUUGGCCUACAACCAAGGAUCCUUCCAUUAGCAAGUUGGGACAACAGGUAAACCAUGUCAGAGGUCCAGCACCUUCGUCAUCUCUGUCUCCUGUCUCAGGUGCUCGUGUUGGAACUGCAUCGUUAGGUCCUUCAAAAUUUAUGUACAGGUCACUUUUAGCAGACAUUAUUCAACCACAGCACCUCAAGGAGCUAUCCUCAGUUCUGGUGCUUGUAUCUGGACAAGCUGCAAAGACAAUUACAGACCAGAAAAUUUUAAUGGAAAAGCAUACAGAAGAUCAGACAGAAACUUCCCUUGCUUCGUCAAGUCAAGAGCAGUUACCAAGUCAAAAGGAAGGUCAUGUUGAGAAGACUGUGGCUGAUGAUUGUUCGAGUGCAAACCAAACAGAUAAAAUCAGCCCAGAUGAUUCUAGUUCAGAUGGUGCUGAUGUCCCAAAAGGGAGGCCAAUGUCUCCUGGGACUUUAGCCUUGAUGUGUGAUGAGCAAGAUACAAUGUUCAUGACAGCCGCCACCCCGGUUGGGCCAAUGGCGCAUGCUUGCAAUACAUCUUCACAAUUUCCUUAUGGACAAGGAAUGACAGAGGUCUAUGCUGAGCAAGAAAGGAUUGUAUUAACAAAGUUUAGGGAUUUUCUCAAUAGGGUUAUCACUAUGGGAGAAAUAAAUGAAACAAAGUGUUCUUCGCUGGCCAGAAAUGAAUUAGAGAAUCAAAAGGACCCAAUCAUCAAUGGCAUUGGAAAUGCCAGCUCGGAGAUAGCACGUCAGCAGGGAGCCAGUAGCAACGGUGUUACUAAACCUGCUGUUUCACCUUUGGCAACGACUUCGACAUCUAUGAUCCCUGGUAAUAUUUCUGAAAAUGGGGAGUCUAAGGUCAAGAUCGAGAAAGAUAUAUGA